CUUACCGUAAGAGGGAGUUCAGACCUAGAUCUUUCCAGUUAAUCACACAACAAACUUAGCUCAUCGUAAUAAAAGCAGCUCGGUGCAGGCUGGCUCCUUUAGUAACUGCCUCUACACAGGAUCCUUUCAAGCAGGCAUCUCCUUCUGUGUGAUCUGCCAGCAAGACCAGCACCAUGUGGGUGACCCAACUUCUGCCAAUAUUGGUGUUGCAUCAGGUUCUUCAACAUCUCCUUCUUCUUCCCAUCACCAUUUCCUUUGCAGAGGGCCAGAGGAAAAGAAACACCCUACAUGAAUUCAAAAAGUCAGCAAAGACUACUCUUAUCAGAAUAGACUCAUCACUGAAUAUUAAAACCAAAAAGCUGAACACGACGGACAAAUGUGCCAAGAGAUGUAUUAGGAAUAAAGGUCUUCCAUUUACUUGCAAGGCCUUUGCUUUUGACAAAGCAAAAAAACGAUGUCAUUGGUUCCCUUUCAAUAGCAUGUCAAAUGGAGUGAGAAAGAAGCAUGACCAUGAAUUUGAUCUGUAUGAAAACAAAGACUACAUUAGAAAUUGUAUCAUUGGUAAAGGGGGAAGCUACAAAGGAACCGUAUCUAUAACUAAGAGUGGUAUCAAAUGUCAGCCAUGGAAUUCGAUGAUACCACAUGAACACGGCUAUCGGGGGAAAGACCUACAGGAAAAUUACUGUCGAAAUCCUCGAGGGGAAGAAGGAGGACCAUGGUGUUUCACAAGCAAUCCAGAGGUACGCCAUGAAGUCUGUGACAUUCCUCAGUGUUCAGAAGUUGAGUGUAUGACUUGCAAUGGGGAAAGUUACCGAGGUCCCAUGGAUCAUACUGAAUCAGGCAAGAUAUGUCAGCGCUGGGAUCACCAGACACCACACAGACACAAAUUCUUACCAGAGAGAUAUCCUGACAAGGGCUUUGAUGAUAAUUAUUGCCGCAAUCCUGAUGGCAAGCCGAGGCCAUGGUGCUAUACUCUUGACCCUGACACCCCUUGGGAGUACUGUGCAAUUAAAACAUGUGCUCAUAGUACUAUGAAUAAUAGUGAUAUUCCUAUGGAAACAACCCACUGUGUCAGAGGUCAAGGAGAAGGUUAUCGAGGUACUGUCAACACAAUAUGGAAUGGGAUUCCGUGCCAGCGCUGGGACACCCAGUAUCCUCAUCAACAUGAUAUAACUCCUGAGAACUUUAAGUGCAAAGACCUAAGAGAAAAUUACUGUCGAAAUCCAGAUGGGGCUGAAUCACCCUGGUGUUUUACAACAGAUCCAAACAUUCGAAUUGGCUAUUGUUCCCAGAUUCCAAAGUGUGAUGUUUCAAAUCAACAAGACUGUUAUCGUGGAAAUGGCAAGAAUUAUAUGGGAAAUUUGUCCAAAACAAGAUCUGGGCUGACUUGUUCCAUGUGGGACAAGAAUAUGGAAGACUUACACCGACAUACUUUUUGGGAACCAGAUGCUAGUAAACUGAAUAAGAAUUACUGCCGUAAUCCUGAUGAUGAUGCUCAUGGGCCAUGGUGUUACACAGGCAAUUUGCUAGUUCCUUGGGAUUACUGCCCAAUCUCUCGCUGUGAAGGUGAUACUACACCCACAAUAGUCAAUUUAGACCAUCCUGUCAUUUCCUGUGCAAAAACAAAACAAUUACGAGUAGUAAAUGGAAUCCCAACACAAACAAAUGUAGGAUGGAUGGUUAGUUUGAAAUACAGAAAUAAACAUAUCUGUGGAGGUUCAUUAAUUAAAGAAAGUUGGAUUUUAACUGCAAGACAAUGUUUCCCUUCUGGAACUAAAGAUUUGAAAGACUAUGAAGCUUGGCUUGGAAUUCAUGAUGUCCAUGGAAGAGGAGAAGAGAAACACAAACAAGUUUUAAAUAUCUCUCAAUUAGUAUAUGGACCUGAAGGAUCAGACCUGGUUUUAUUAAAGCUUGCAAGACCUGCAGUACUAGAUGACUUUGUUAGUACAAUUGAUUUACCUAAUUAUGGCUGCACAAUUCCUGAAAAGACUACGUGUAGUGUAUAUGGAUGGGGAUACACUGGAUUAAUCAACUUUGAUGGUCUUCUUCGUGUGGCACACUUAUUUAUCAUGGGAAAUGAGAAAUGUAGUCAAUAUCACCAAGGAAAGAUCACUCUGAAUGAAUCUGAAAUCUGUGCUGGAACUGAAAAAAUAGGAACAGGACCAUGCGAGGGAGAUUAUGGUGGCCCAUUGGUAUGUGAACAACAUAAAAUGAGAAUGGUCAUUGGUGUUAUUGUGCCUGGUCGUGGCUGUGCCAUUCCAAACCGCCCUGGGAUUUUUGUUCGAGUAGCUUAUUAUGCAAAAUGGAUUCACAAAAUUAUGUUGACAUACAAAGUAUCUCAGUCAUAGCUGAAAUAAGUGUCGCUGGCGCUUCUCCCACUAUAACUCCUCACAUAGAGCGCAUGAAACUAAAAUGUCCUACAUACAAAUCUUAAAACAAACAAACUACAUGACUGUCAAGUUUAUUAAGAUUCUCAUUGGUAUUUAUGAGUGUUUUCUGUCAUUCUAUCUGUCAGUGUUAUUUUGUAAAUGAUGAAGUGAAUUAAGGUAUGUGCAAGUUCAGUAACAUAUCUCCUGAAGAUACUUGAAUGGGUUAAAAAAAUUUACAAAGUUAUUAUUGAUAGAUGACAAAAGAUUUUUUAAAUAAAUAGGGCAGUUCAAUUCCCUGUGCCACUUUCCAUUUUGGUACCUUAAUAAUAAAGAUAAUUUAAAAAUACUAUCAUGUCAAAAUCAUCACCAUUAUAUAUUAUCCUCCAUCUUCAAUGAGUUCCUUUAAAUUAUAAUCCAUUUUAUCAUAUAAGAUAAUCAUUUUCAUUUUUUUUAUCCCAUGCCCUCUAAUACCAUUAUGUGGGCAUGUCCAUACACAUGUACGCUAACAUGUAUGCAUACAUACAAACACACACACAUACAGAGUCAAAGCAUAUAGUUCGUGGUCAUCACCAUUCUAAUCUCUUGUCAGGCAGUACAGCACUUUCUAAAAAGAAAUUAACAGUUUAUAUUCAAAUAAUGAAAUCCGUUGCCAUUACUAAAAACCGGUUAAUAUCCCUACAACCAUAAUCUACUGAAGAUUAAGAAAACCUAUUCUGAGUAUUUUCCAACUCUUAGCAUGCUAAAUGCUUUGUUGAUGCUUUUUGUUUCCUUUUUCAGAGGGAGAAUAAUAUGGAUAUCCCUGUAAUCUUUCCCUACUCAAUUAAAGUCCAUUUAUUUAUGUAAGUUACUUAUAUCUCUUUACCUAUGUAAAGAAUCUUUUAGAUUCGAUGUAGGUACAUAAAAUAAGAGGAAAAUGUUUAUUUCUUUCAUUAAAAGGAUGCUCCAAAUAAAUCUUAUAUUUAAACAAUAAAUACGUUAAUUCUAAAAACUUAUAUUCUUAGAUGAGAACCAAGAUUACCUUAAGAACAGUUAACUAAUUUGAUUGAUAUUGAAAAAUAUUAUUUUAAUCACAUAGCCUAACUUUCCAAGUAACCCCUCAAUAUGAAUUUAUUGAAAUGAAUGGAAACUCCCUCUCCUAAUGCAAUAUGCUUUUUGGAUAAAGUGAUGUGUUUCAAGGCAGAAGAUGCUGUUCAAAUUCUAUUUGUUCCAUUUAUAGAAUGUGUGCUAAUAAUGACCCUCUUACUCUCUCUUUAGAGUUCAGUAUUUGAUAUAUAAAAUUUUAAUGGAGUUGGAAAAGCUAUCCUCUUUGUCCCUCCUAGCUGGAAAAUUAUGACCACACAAAAGAAAAUCUGUUUAGAGGAGGAAAGAACAGAAUUAUGCAGAAAUCCAUCUUUAAUGAUGAAAUAGAAUCAUUCUAGCAUGACAUCAUAUCAAGUUCACUGUGAACUGAUCUGUUCAAAAGCCAACAAGAAGUUUUUGAUGAAAAAAAAAUUACAUAUUUUUUAAUAAAGAAGACCAAAAGGUCUUCUGAGCUGGAUCUUCAUAGAUACAUUUUGUUUGGAAAACUGCAUCUGAAUUGUCUUUUUCAUUGCAGUUCUUUAUGAUAAUGAUAAUGAGUAAAAUGGAAAGUUUAUCACAAAAAUCCAAAUAAUGCUUCAGAAUUUGAUAUUGUAAGUAUAGUUAUUUACUCAUUUGGGGUUUGCAGGUGUAUUCCUUUGAAAGUGUAUUGCUCUCUGUCUGUCUGUCUGUCUGUCUCUGUCUCCCCUCUCUGUCUCUCUGUCUUUCUGUCUGUAUGUAUCUCUUUGUCUCUCUCUUAAAAUCUAGAACCACAAUAAGGUCUUAGAAAUCUUUUACAUAAGCCUCUUUGAAAUUAUAGCAAAAUGUUUAGCAUAAGAUCCAGUAAGAAAGAAAGAAAUCUGGUGUUGAGAUAAUCCAUUCAGGGAAGGAUGCUAGAAACCAGCAUGUAUUAAUCAAGAUCCUUCAAGAUAAGAAAUGGUACAUUUAGUGCUUGUAGUGAGUUAUCUAUGAGGGAAUGAUGAAUCCAUCCUAAAUCUCUUGGUUUGACUUCAUUCACUUUUGCUAAUCACAAUUUUAGCCAGGUAAAUUGGAAAAGAAGAUGACACAUAUGCUUAAAUGCCUUUCCUUUAUGGUAGUCAUGACCUCAAUAUCAUCAUUUAUAGCUCACAUAUAAAAGACUAUUUUUAAAACAGUUUUAUAUAAUUAUUAAAUACUUAAAAACGUUUCCUCUAUAUUUUUGAAAAAAAAAUUUCACUGUCAACUAUUAUACAUUCUCAAGAAUGGAAAUAUGAAUAGGUAGGUAUCAAAUAUACCUAAAUUCAUAAGACACAACUUUGUCCCUUUAAAACUAUGUAUUCUUUAUUCACAAAAAUUGAUCCCCUCCCCCCAAAAAUAGAAUUAUUUGCCACUUUGAUCUAAUUCUUAGAAAACAUCCAUUUGUUUUAAAGUGAACUAUGGAAAGUGUAAAAGGAAUUUAAAGAGAAGAAGUAAGGACAAGAAACCAAGUCACUUGUAAUUAUUAUGAUAAUGUGUAAUCACAUUGAUAAAUUUUGGUAAAAUAUAUAAAAUAUCUAUUUUUGAGUACUGUUCUUUAUCUAGAAUAAAGCAUAACACUAAUAACAUUUAUAUAUCUUCCUUGCAAAUCUAAGAUCUUUUUGGGGAAAAAAAAGGAAAUAAACAGUUAAUUAGAAGGUAACUUUACUUUGAGCAAUCAAGAAAGACUUCUUAGAUUAAAAGAUUGCAAUCAAUUUCUGUUUUGACAAUUUUAAAAAAUGGAUAUUUCCUAAUUGAUACUUUUAUAGGUAUCCUGUUCUACUAAGAAUAAUGAUUAAAAAACCCUAAAAUAUGUUAUUAUUCUUCUGCUGGGCAGAAGGCAUACAACCUUUUUAUGUACUUUUAUUGGGGGGAGGUGUUAUUAUAUGAUGUGUAGGGAUUUUUUUUAAACCUGUUUUCUGUGGCAGUGCCUCAGUAAAAUGGUUUAUAUGGAGUCAAAUCUCUAUAUCAGGCUAGGGCUUGCUAUCCAAGUAUUGAAGUGAUUUCAAGAAAUAAGGAGGAACAUGAGACACACUGGAGGGCCAGAAAAGAGAAUAAUAAUGAUGUGAUAGCAAACUUGUAUUUCACUUAUUCCUGUGAAUAUUUCUUGUUGGUACCAAUGGUACUGUACAAAGUGAAUGUUAUAGCCACAGUUUUUUCUUUAAAAGGAACACUGUCAAGAAUGAAAACACUUUUAUCUGCUCAAAAUUAGGUUGCAUUUGGUAUUUUCCUGAUAUUUCUAUGCAAUUUGCUUUGAGAGAAGAUUUGUUAUAUUCAUGAUAAAGAAAUGUCAAGGAGAAUAUUGACACUAUAUUAAUAUAUUGUCUAAUAAUAGGAUGCAGCUAAAACCUCUUAAUAGUUUCAGAAGGUAGCCAUUUUGAAGAUUUUUUUUUUUUGGAGAAAAGGGAAGUUUCAUCUCACAGAAACAACUGUUGUGCCUUUUAAUGUAUUUUUUCAUGAGAGACUCCAAAACCAAAGUUAAUUUUCAAUCUCUGAAAAUGAGUAUGACCCUUAGAAUUUCAAAAAAGAAAUGUAAGUCAUGAAGAAAUCUUUUGGACAAUUUAAAUCUUGACAGUGUGCCUUUUAAAUAGGCUUAUUUCCAUUUGCACAGAAAGUGUUUAUAUUUGAGAACCCAUAAGUAGAAUACUGUGGAUAUUACAACCAUUUGUCAUGCAUGUAAAUAGAAAAAUAAUAAUGCUGCCUAUUGAAUGGGUGUAGCUGGAAGCUUACUCAAACAAGGGAACACUGUGGUUAUGACUUGUAUUAUAAAUUUUCUGUAAUUAAUGGCAUCAUUAUUGGUUAAUAAAGUUAUUUUUGUAACCUUGUUUAUUAUAUUAUUAUAAUUAAUAAAAGUAUUUUACCUAGA